GAAGCAAUUCGAGUGCGACGGAAAUCGCUUUCUCUAGCCUCGAUGACGUACUUUAACCGACAAACGGAUGUUUGAUAUUGUCGCCAAUAGAGUUAAUGUCAUACGAACGAACCGUUGCGAAGCAUUAAAAGAAGAAAGUACCGAUGCCCCGGGUAAUUGGCUGCCCCUAAACCGGCCCUGGUGAGAGCGGAAUGGAAAGAGAGAAAGAGAUAGAGAGCGUGGAACAAAGAUGGCGGAUGAGUGGCGUCGGCGGAGGAGGCACAAGGUAGGAGGAAGAAGACGAAGAGAUUACGGAGUAGGAAGAGAAGAGAAGAGAGGAGAAAAGAGGAUAGAGGAGAACACGGGGUGCGGGACGAUUCGCCAGCGGAGAAUGGGGGAAAAGAGGCGAAGUGAAGAGACGAGAGGAGAGGAAGAGACGGUGAGGGACGACGCGCGGCUCGGGGGUUCGGGUUAGCUCGUUCGACCCGUUAUCCCUUCUCUCCUGGAGACCCGAGUUCUCUCUCCCUACCUGUCCUUGCUUCGAUUCGAACGAGUCCCUCCAACUCUCUCCCCUACGGGGAUGUACGAAAAGUUUCCCCCACCAUGGGUACACUUCACCGGCUGGCGUGCGACGAUCGCGAUUGCAAGUCGCUGCUUUUCGAGGUAGACUCGUUUCGUUCCCCUACGUGGUAUCCCCCACCACGCAGCCAACAGCGAUACUAGCCAGCGAGCCAUACUACGCUCCCGCCACGGUGACGUCACUCUGAGUAGUGUAGUGCAGUGAGAAGGAGCGAAGCCAGCUCCAUCCGCGUUACAUGGCCCGAGUGAACGAAGCGAGUGCGUUUAAGACGUACAUAUACAAGCGUGCAUCGUAGCGAUCGAGUUGCACUAAUAGUACCAUUAAUUUUCUCGAUCAAUGCACGUUAUGUGACACGGCGAGUUGUGUACGAUCGCGAGAAAAAAUAUAGAGGAAACCGCGCCUCGCUUUUACUAACGAAAUAUAUCUGACGUGUUAUACCAUUAACGAGGUACCAAGCGGUGAUGAUACAGUGAUGUGAAAGAAGCGACUACGCGCGUUAGUGAAGUCAUAGAAAAGAAAUCAAAGUAAGAGGAAAGAGGAAAAGGAAUAUAGUGUGUCGUGUGCGCGGUGAAAAGAAAAGAGUUGCACGUUCUAAUAUUCGCCAGGAAGAAAACAUCAACGGUUCUAUCCGUUGGUGGAUCGAUUGUUUUCUUUUUUUUUUUUUUCAAGUGGGGUUUUACGCGAGAGUUUGGAAGCGUAUCUGGAAAGGCUCUGUUUGUUGAUCGGUGUACGAUAUCAAGAAAACGACGGUUGAAAAUCAUCAAGGCAGAUCGACGCGAGUGUAAUAAUGCUUGGCAAAUAUGCGCUGGGAUGUAUCGCCCGCGCAUUGUGCCCGGUGUGCUUAGUGUGACGUGUGAUUAACCGCCUUUCUUCAUACGCGAUUCAGUGGUAUACGAUGUGGUGUUCGGCGACGGUUCUGAUCCUUCUAGCCGUUGCCAUCAGUGGUGUCCACUAUCGAGGUUCUUCCUCCACUUCUUCGUGGUCGUCGUGGUUGUUGUCGUCGCCGUCGUCGUGGUUGUUGUCGUCACCGUCAUCGUCGUCGUCGUUGUCAUCGUCAUCAUCGUUGUCGUGGUUGUCGGCGUCGUUGUCGUGGUUGUCGUCAGCGUACGUAGCGACGCAAAAAUUUGAUCGCGAAAUCUCCGUAGCCACCCUGUUUUGUUGGCCGAUCGUUCUACGGCGCUGCCCUGACGACAGCACUCAUCGUGCUUGGGGUCACCACCUUCCGGCUAGUGACUAGUGAUAAUCUGUUUGUUGCCAGUGAUUAAAUUGGGAGUGUCGAAGUGGGAGGAAGCUCCUUCCUUCGUCGUGGAAUACGCGUAACGUAACGGUUUCUUUGCUUCUUGUCGCGUGUGUGUCGCGAGCUACACGCGAGAAAGUUUUUUCUUCUCGAUCCAAAUAAGAAAAAUUGUGCCGUCAAAUCCGAAUCGAUUAUUUACUUAUUGAUUUCGUGGCGAAACGAGCAAACAACGAUUCGAAAAGAAAGUCGGCAAAGAGAAAAAGAGAGGUUUCCUUUGGCCGACCUGGUGGCGGUAUUGAAUAUCGGUGGUGUGUGGUGAGAGUGUGCUGUGAUUAGCGUCGGGCGAAGUUGUGUGUCGUUGUACAGUGCCGCCAAACGAUACCACAACAUCCGAUCCCAAAUGAAGAGUUCGGAGCAAAAUGGUUAGAGAGACACGUCACCUGUGGGUUGGAAAUCUGCCGGAAAACAUCCGAGAGGAUCGCAUACGAGAGCAUUUCAAACGGUAUGGACGCGUGCAGAGCGUCAAGCUCCUGCCGCGGGGCGAAGAGUGCCCUGUGGAUGGAGGUUCCGGUGGUUCCCUCGGAGAAGGUAACGAGGGUGGUUCCGGUUCCAGUUCUGGGAGCGGUGGUAGUGGCGCGGGCAACGGUACCUCAGGCAACACCGGGGGUGCCUCCGCGACGGUGGCGUUCAUGGAUAUCAAGUCCGCAGCGAAGGCCCACGCGACUGAACAUACCUUGGACGAACGAGCCCUUACCACACAAUACUACGAACCACAGCAUCUUCAGCACAGGUUUCCCUCGCACGGAAGUUCGGAGGAUCAUGGAUCCGGCGGGGGUAGUGGCGGAGGAGUCAGCGGAGUGGUCGGCAGUGGCGUCGCCGGUUCCGGCAUCGUCAGCGGCAGCGUCGGCAGCGGAGUCAGCGGCGGCGGCGGCGGUGGCGGUAGCGGCAGCUGCGGCGGCGGAGGAUCCGCUAAUGGAGGCGGCGGCGUCGGAAGCGGAAUCGGCAGCAGCAGCGGCGGCAACGGCAGCGGCGGCAGCGGCGGCAGCGGUGGCGGUGGCAGCAGUGGCGGUGGCAGUGGCGGCGUUAACGAUAGAGAAAGGGACCGAGAGAGGGAGAGGGAGAGGGAGAGGGAAAGGGAGAGGGAGAGGGACCGAGAACGAGACAGAGAUCGGGACAGGGACCGGGAUAGAGACCGGGAGAGAGAGAGGGACAGGGAGAGGGAGAGGGACCGAGAGAGGGAGCGUGAGAGGGACCGAGAGCGAGAGAGAGGCGGCGAGGGGUUCGAGUCACGUGGCUCCCACGGCAGUUUCUACAGCAGCGAACGAAGCAGUCGAGGGGUCGGUUCCGGGGGUGGUGUCGGCAGCGUCGGCGGCGGCGGCGGCGGUGGCAUCGUCGUCGGCGGCCAUCCGGCGGAUCCUACUCCCGGUGAUCCUGGCGGCUACAUACCCCGCGGCCGUCCACCUCCUGCCAGCUCUUAUCACGUGACAUCGACCAGGGCGAGGGAUCGGCUCUACUCGAGAACCGGCCCGUACGCCUCCGGGCCGCCGCCCCCGCCCCACUUAGAUCGUCAUCGUGGUGGCCUGCCACCGUCCUCUUGGUCGGCCUACGAGUCGACGACCUCGAGGUACGGGAACGCACCGCCGCCACCCUCGCCUGCCAACAACGACGCCUACCAGGACGAGCAAGAUUACAUUCGUCGUCUUGUUCCACUAGGCGGCGGUGGAGGCGGCGGCAGUAGUAGCACCGGUGCGCUACGACAGCACAAAAAACAGCGUAGAAAAUCGCGAAGCGGAAGCAGUUCGCCGAGUGGUAGUAGCCGCUCCGGUAGUAGCAGCAGCAGCCGCAGCGGUAGUUCCGCCGGCAGCACUUCCGGGGGCAGUACGUCGCCCGGUAGUUCGCCGCAUCGUACCGGAAAUGCCGCCGUCACCGAGGACCGCCGGCCGCUCGCUAUUCGCGUGCGUAAUUUGCCGGCACGCAGCAGCGACACAUCCCUCAAGGACGGUCUCUUCCACGAGUACAAAAAACACGGCAAAGUGACGUGGGUGAAGGUCGUGGGGGCGGCCGGCGAGCGAUACGCCCUGGUCUGCUUCAAGAAGCCCGAGGACGUGGAGAAGGCGCUCGAGGUGUCCCAUGACAAACUGUUUUUCGGAUGCAAGAUCGAGGUCGCACCUUACCAGGGUUACGAUGUCGAGGACAACGAGUUCAGGCCGUACGAGGCCGAGGUCGACGAGUAUCAUCCGAAGGCGACGCGGACGCUCUUCAUCGGCAACCUUGAGAAGGAUGUCACCGCGUCCGAGCUUAGGAAGCAUUUCGAACCUUUCGGCGAGAUAAUAGAGAUAGAUAUUAAGAAACAAGGCGCGGUGUCGAGCUAUGCCUUCUGCCAAUAUUCCGACAUCGGUAGCGUCGUUAAAGCUAUGCGAUCGAUGGAUGGCGAACACCUGGGUGCGAAUCGAAUAAAACUCGGAUUUGGAAAGUCGAUGCCUACGUCCUGCGUAUGGGUGGACGGUAUCGGAGAUUGUAUGUCAGAAAAAUACUUGAACAUGCAAUUCCAUCAAUUCGGACCGAUAAACCAGGUGGUCGUGGAUCGCGAACGUGGACACGCUUUGGUCUUCUUCGAGCAGAUCAGCUGCGCACAAGCCGCCGUGAAGGAGAUGCGAGGAGCCGCUCUUCGUGGACGCCGGCUUCAAGUUGACUUCGCCUCCAGAGAGUGCCAGGAAACGUUUUACGAGCAUCUGGAGCGACAGGGCAUCGCUGGUGAGAAACCUUGGGACACGAGGCCAUCUCCGGCGACGACCUUCGAUGUCUCGAUUCCUUGCAGGCGGGAGCGCAGCAGUUUUGACUCCGGGGUGACGGUUUCAAACUCGGGUAGCCGAUUUACCCGGUACGAAACGCCCCCGAGGUCGAGGACGGCCAGUUACUCUCGCACGUCCGGAGGCGGAAGCACACCGGGUGCCAGUCCGGCCCACCCGACCGCGAUGUCCCGCAGCAGUAGGCGCUCUUAUCAAGACACCUACUACGACGGCGAGUAUACCGAACCAACACCCCGUCGAUUCCGCAGCUACGACGAGUUCAGCCAGGGAAGCGGGGCCAGCCACGAGGACUAUCAGAGCAGCGUGCUCGGCGAUGGGAAGCUCAACGACGACGAUUGUCCACCUCCUUCGCGUCGACACGCGGUUCAAAGCGUAGUAACCAGCGUGGAUCCACCGGCGCCGCCUCCGCCGCUGCUACCACCUCCAGAUAUCAGGCAUCUUCAAAAGGAACGGGUACAUCUGCUGGAACAACUGGAGGAAUGUCACAGCAGCGGCGACGAGGUCGGCUUCGCGCCAAAGAAACGAGUGAAGAUGGAUGGGACGUCCACCGCCAUACUCUGCGAGGACGACGAACCCGAGAUCGCCUCGUUGCUCGUUACUUCGCACUCCAGCAGGAAGGGUAUGGAUAUCCGACGAGUCAGCGACAGCAAGGUGGUUGUGCAUCAUGGUACGAGGAGAGGAAGCUGCGACGGGCGAGGUCCAGGACCUUGCAAGCGUCGUCGCGACGUUACCAGCAGGCAUCACGAACACCACGACGGAUCGCGUCCAGGAACUCCGCUAGUGGACGAAAGGCCGGAGAACUUGGUGCCUAGCGAGCCAAGGCGGUUUCGCGAGAGAAGUCACGACGGUCCUCUCUCGCUACCGUUGCCGAGGUUCGCGACUCAAAUGCUGAACAACAACAACAACAACAAUAACAACAACAACAACAACAACAAUAACAACAGCAGCAACAAUAAUAACAACAACAGCGGUAAUAGUAAUAACACCGGUAGCAGCAAUAAUAGUAGUAGCGGUAGUAGUCGGUCGAACAACUCGAGUCUCGCGAAGAUGACCAGUCCACCGUGUAUCAACCUGUCAACGGCGCCGAGUCCUCGAACGGCACCGCAGCCACCGGCUUCACCACCACUUCGUCAUCUGAGUCCAAGUCCAACGAGUUCCGACAGCGAGACAGCACCUCAAUCACCUAGUCUCGAAGAAAGGAUACGUUCUCUUGAUGAGAAGUACGAGAAAUGGUCAGGAUCGAGGGCGUUAAGCGCUGCCGGAGGUGACGCAUUGGCGAAGCUGGACGCCACGGCGUCCGAGAGAUUCAGGUUUCGACACAAGUUGCUUGAUUUGGAUCUGCACGAAGUACAACCAAGCGAUAUCGUCAAGUCGGUUCUUGCCAAGAGAAGCGUGUUCGACGAGGACUCGAAACGGCUGGAGAACUUCAGCGAGAAGUACGAACCGAGAGAGUUCACCGGUGUGAUCGGUGUCGGUUCGAUCGGUAGUAGCGUGAGCGGCCUCGCGUCUAGCGGCAGUUGCACCAGUAAAGUUUGCUUGCAGUACCCAUUUCCUAGUCAUCCACCGGUACAACUGUCCAGCAGCACCUCUAUGGCCGGUCAAAUCGGUAUUGGCACCACAUCCCUAUCGUCGAGUUUAACGUUUACGACGACCAUGUCGUCGACGUUGAAACCUCCGGAUCCACGAACGGUGGUCCAACACAACUGUGUGCAUCCGACGCCGACCACUCCAAUCACACCCGGCACGUCGAUCAAGACUGUUAGCCCCGAAUUACCACCGGUUUCUCUACCGAUCGGUCUUGGUAGCGGAACGGCAGCCACCAGCGGCAAUAGUAGCGGUUUAGCGUUAGCGAGUAGUAUUCUUAGCAGCAACGGUAGCGUAAGUAGUAUUCACGCUCUCGGAGCCUCUACCGCCCGAGGAUCGAUCGGUACCAGUGGUUCUUCCGCGUCGGCAUCCGCGUCAGUCACCAUCGCAUCAUCGCUCGCUUUCUCGACGACGAUGCCGACGAUGGCGGUUCUCACGACGGCGGCCACCACGUCUGCCUUGUCGACAACCCCGAUCACGCAAGCCACGAUCGCGACCACGUUGAACGCCACGUCGGCGGCCUCUUCGUUGUCGUCAACGUGCUCCCUGUCGAGUAAUCAGUAUCAAACUUCCAUGUCCACGGUCACCUCGAUAAUACCGUCUUCCACGACAUCCUUGUCGAAUACUUCGUCCUCUUCCUUCCCCAUCACCACCGUUUCUUCUUCGUCUUCAUCGUUAUCGUCGUCGUCGUCGUUAUCAUUGUCAUUUUCAUCGUCGUCGUCUCUGUCAUCCACCACCGACGCUUCCCGGUCUCGUUUGAGGAAGGAAGUUGGCGGUUGUAAUCGAGAAAGUCGAGAGUUCCGGGACAGCAAAGACGGCAGGGACUCCAAGUACAGCGGCAAGAGCAAAGAUUGUCAGAGAAAAUCGCGUAAAGAGGAUGCGGACGUUGAGAGAAAUCGCAAGGAUCGGGAGGAGAAGGAUGGAAGUGGCAGCUCGUCUAUGACGAACGACGUUGCCGAUAACGAUGGUCACGCGAGGGAGAGAGAGUUGAAGGAGAACAAAGAGAUGCGAUACGAGAGGAAGGAAAGAGAAGAGAAGGAACGAAGGGAGAAAGAAGAUCGCGAGAGGCAGGAGAGAAGAGAGAAGGAUGAUCGCGAUAGGCAGGAGCGGAAGGAACGGGAAGAAAGGCGAGAGAAGGACGAGGAGAGACGUGAAAGGGAGAGAUUGGACAAAGAACGACAGGAGAAGGACAGGCGGGAGAGAGAGGAGAGAGAACGGGAAAGAAAGGAAAGGGAGGAGAACGAGGUAAAGGAGAAAGAGAGGAGGGAGAAGGAAAGAUUGGAACGCGAAAAGAGAGAGCGGGAGGAAAGGGAGCGUCAGGAACGCCGGGAGAGGGAAGAACGAGAAAGGAGGGAGCGAGAAGAUCGUGAGAGGAAAGAGCGGGAACUUCGCCAGGAGAGAGAAAAGCAGGAGAAAGAACGGUUAAGGAAGGAAAGGGAAGAUCAAGAGAGGCGGGAAAAGGAAGAGCGAGACAGACUGGAACGAGAAAGGAGGCGAGAAGAGAAGGAACGUCUCGAGAGGGAGAGGAAGCGCGAAAGAGAGGAGAAGGAGCGGCUGGAGAGGGAACGACGGAAAGAGAAAGAGGAACGAGAACGGGCGGAGAAGGAGAAACGCGAGAAGGAAGAGAGAGAAAGACUCGAACGGGAUAAGCACGAUCGAGAAAAGAGGAGAGAACGCGAGGAUCAGGAAAGGCGGGAAAAGGAAAAGUCCGAGCGCGAGAAAAGAAGAGACAGAGAUGAGAAAGACAAAGAAAAGAGGGAUCGUGAGGAAAGCAGGCGACAACCCACCGAGAAUCAUCUUCAUCAGUCCAUUUCCCAGUCUCAAAAUCAAAUUUCCCCCGGGCCGGUGUCUAUCAAGCGACGAUGCUCGUCGCAGGAUGGCCCGACCGAGGAUGACGCCAAACGCAUGAAGAUCUCCGAGCACAGGAGGGACAGCAAAGACCGGCCUAGACAGAAUAGAAGGUCCGAGGAUCGAAAACAUAGGAACGAUUCUCACAGGUCCAAUCGCGAAAGUAGGGAGAGCCGAGAUGGAAAGGAAGGUAGCAGUGGUAAUGUAUUCACACAGUCUCAAGAUACCAGGGAGCAAUCUCACUCAACCGAGAUGAGUAGAGAGUCGACCAGGGAGAACCGAGAGAACAACCGCGAAGGUGGAGGAAAAGAGAAGCAGCGAAGCAAGAGGAAUCGAUCCGAGAAGGAGUCCAGGGAGCGGAGUCCAAGAGUGUCCCACGAGUCGGACAAAGAGUUCCUAUCGAGACUGGAUCUUUCAAAGCGCAACGACUCAAAUUCGCCGAGUGAACAGACCGCGAUUGGUUCGAAUCAUUCGCGAGAGAUGCAGCAGCAGCAUCAGCAUCAGCAUCACCAACACCAGCACCAUCAUCAUCAACAGUCUUCCCUGAAUCUACACAGUGACGUGGACGACGGUCCUCUAUCGACGCCCGAUAUUCAGGUAGCCAGGCAUCCAUCCGCCACGGACACGGACAGCGACGAACCUAAGAAGCACUCCAUCUUCGAUAUCGUUGACGACGAGCCCGCAUACAUCAGUAUGUAUGACAAAGUGAAGGCACGCUCGACCAAGAACAUGCAGAAACUCGAAGAGGAGAAACGGCAAGUACGACUUAAGGACAAAUUUUCACAACUGAAGCAAAGUCGAGCGAGGCGGGAGGAGAAAAAGCAGAGUACCUCGUGGGACGGAGACUCGGUGUCCAGUAAGGCUUUGACAGAAGACGAGGCCACCUCGGAAUCUGACUCGGCCAGAGCCAAGUCUUUGUCCAGAAAGAGUUCCCGAUCUCGAAUUCACUCCGACACCAGCGAGGAAGAGGAAGCAUCGUCGUUCAACAACAAGAUUCGCAAGGCCGUCAAGACAGAGAGGUUCCUGGAAAGCGACGUCGAUCUCGGAUUCGCUGACACCGAGGAGAAACACAACUCCAUGGAGACGACGAACGUGGUAGUCGUGAACAGUGUCGUUCACUCGAACGUAAAAGAAGAACCGCGCACCUCGGACGAUGACGAACGGAUCCCGGUGUCAUUCAGCCGUGGCAACCAACCAGCGAUCGUGGUUAACAAUCAUGAGCGUGAUUCGUCGCGGAAAAAGUCACACAAGAAGAAGCAGAAGCGACAAAAGAACUCGAUGUCGACCGAAGACAGUCUAAGCAAGACCGAGUCGUCGGAAACUGUCGAGCACAAGACCAAAUCGAACACCGUGACGAGUAACGUGGCGGCGACGGCGGAUUGUCGAGCCAAUCAUGCGACCGAGUCCGUCAACGUAUCCACGACCGCCGUCACCUCUGGUACCACGACGAUUUUGGAAACGACGGAGGAGAGGAUACGAUCGGACAAGAAGCAACGGAACAAGAAAGAUAAGAGGAGAGACAGGAACGCGGAUGAGAAAGCGAAGGCACGAAGAAAGAGGCUCAACAGACAGGAAGCUAGAGAUUCGCAACGUAUGGAAGACAUAUUUGGUCCGUUGUCAGACGACGUCGACGACGCUCCGUCGAACAAUGCGCUCUUCGACCGGUUGGCCAACAACACCUACGUUUCGGACAGUGAUGGUGGCCACAGUCCGGUGUUGGACGUGGAACGUGUCAGGCGAAAGGCGGAGAAGAAACGUCGUCAUCAAACAGAGGACGAGAACAGCGUGGACUUGGCCGAGGCGGGACGAGAAAUCGAGGCGAAGCUCUUAGGGCUACCGAACUCGCCGAAAUCGGCCGUUGCGUGCACGGAGAGUAACGACCCUGACGUGUUCCGAUUCACCGACGACAAUGACAGCAUCGAACCAUCCACACCGUCGACCAUUCCGGAAAAGAUCAAGGAG